CCAACUCCAAGACAUAACCAGUCCCAACUACGGAGUACCAACCAUCAACUAACCAAUUAUCGACAUCUCUUGAAAACUUAACGAUUGAAAACUCUGUAACGGUAAAAACACUGGGCGGGGUUGGACUAACCUGGAUUCCAGUACUUAUUACCCCAUACAAAGUUCGAAAAUGGUCACAUCCGCAGAGAUUUCAUCCUCCGUCGGUCCCUCGGAACCACCAACUCCAGUUCUUCUCCCUCUACUGGCGAACAAAAGACGCAAUCAUGGCGCUAAUUACCCCAUAAAUUCAUCACUGCAUCGCGACAUCCCUCCAUCAUCCCGACGUCUUGCCUCAUCGCCUCAUCCUCAACUACUUAUUAAAAAUGCCUCCUCAUCUUUGUCACCGAUCCAGAACUCACGAUCCUUGGCAUUUCCGGGGCGGCUGAACCUCUUAGGGCCAACCGUCUCAUGGACUCAAGCUGCCCGAAGCACCCGGGAACCUCGUAACCGACCCUCAUCCACCUCCGAUCGGACCGCCCCUCGCACACCAGUGGCAAUCCUCUAUUCAUUAUCCAUCCAUAUCCACCAAAAAACUCAAAUCCAUACCCAUUGGUGCACUAACCUAAUAUCUCUGCAACUAUUAAUUAAUCACCGCCUUUUCGAAGAAUACUGCAGCCGCGGAUUCCUAAGAGAUGAAUAGCGGAGUCAUUACGUCCCCGCCCAAGUCCCGUUGUGCUGUGGUUGUGCUUCCUCAGCCAUUCCGAGCUGUCCCCAUGAUGGACGUUCACGAUGCUCGCCACCCCGACUGGGAAU